CCAAUAUUCAGGUUCAUAAAGACAUAUAGUUAUUAUGUGGUAUGUACCGAUCUACUCUAUGAGUACGGGUAUAAAAAAACAAGCCCUUAAAAUUGUUGAUACUGACGAGAAAAAGCCGUCGGAUAGACGGACCAACGAACGUUCUCGAUGCACAAUCUAUAAACAAAAGGAGAACUUUGUUGUUUGUACAUACUUUCCUAUGUGACUCUCUGAGAAGUCAAAACAUUGGCGAUUGCAGUAUUUUGAUUCGAGAGCUAAAACCGAAACAACAAUCGUUGUUUGGCCGUCAAGAGCGAAAGAUCUCAUAAAUUUCUAUCGCCAGAGUGAUGGCAAGCGGAGUGAUACGAACCCAAAGUGGUUUCGAUUAUGCGAAACUUUGUGCAGCAUUCAGCGAAAUUUGCCCUGACUUUCAACGGUCUGAGCCUGGCACAUCACAGAGCUUGGAUUUUGCCAACAAGGUGCUUUUCGAGCUGGGUCCAAAGAUGCGGCAGAUUAAACAGAGUGGAUCAGGCCAGAUGUGGCGUCUCAUGUUCAACGGAGGCGGCAGCGUUUUCAUCUAUUCCUACACCUUUAAGAAUCCCAUCAACGUGAAUCCGCGUGUUCAGCAGCAAAACCUUUAUCUAACCCUCAAGCAGGCUGGACUCUUGGCGGCGAGUAAAUUAUGUUCCAUACUGCCAGAUCAGCAUAAUCCGAGGGACAAGGUACUGUUGACACCAUUGGCUUGAGCUGUGUUUGCACCUCAAAAGAUCGCGAGUAUUGCAAUUGCACUGACUGCCCAUCUGGGCAGAAGGGUUGACAGUGGCGAGGUGAUCAAAGCGGUGAUCAGCAGCUGUCAGACAGAUGGCUUUCACUUGGAGCACAGUCAAAGUGCCAUUGCCGUGGUGGCCAUUGAGGUGACGAUCCGAGACGCAGCUCAGCGUCAGAAACUUCGCUCGAAGACAUUACGGACCUAUGCCAAACAUGGAAAAGCGUUCGACGAGGCAGCGUAUUCGAUUUAUGCGCAGCACUCGAAGCUGGAGAAGAGAUUGCCCGAUGUGGAGCAACCAAUGUCGAGCACGCCGAGUGAACCUACCAGAAGUAUUGAUGCAGUGCUGCGCAGCAUUGCCAGGGGAGUUGAUGAUCCACUGAGUGGUGGAACACUGGAAAUGAGCUUUGUGGAACCACCGAAAGCCGCACCUGAGCAGGAAGUCAAUGAAGUUUUGCCAACACCAAUUGAUUUACAUGUGGGCAACACUAAUCUUGAUUGGUUGAGGUUCUCGCGCUUCUCUCCCAUCAGCCCCAUUUAGACAUUCGUAUUUUAAUGGGUGCUAAAAUAUGAAUAUAUAUGUAAUAUAAUAUAUAAAUAUUAUAUUGUAUUGAAUGAGGAAUGUACACUUCUUUUCCAAUUUAGACUCAUUUUUAAGAAAAUGAAAAUGAUUCGAAUUCUGACAUUUAAUCUGAAUUGGAUAAGGCAUUCGCGCUUUUUGGAAAAAACACAUGUAUAUGAAUAUUACAGCUGUUAAUUAGCACUUUAAUUAGAGCAAAGAAUUAUUUUACUGUUUUAAGGUAAUUGCGAAAAUGGAAAAACUCGUACACAAACCAAAGAAAUAACGAAUUUAUAUAUUUCUAUUAAGUAGUAAAACAGAAAAAGUUCCUAUCAAUCUAUCAUACCUCAAAAUAUAAUUCUAAUCCAUUAAGUAAUCUUUACUUAUUUUUAAAAUUUGUACAGUUUAGGUUUAUAUCAUUACCAUUCAUUGUUCCCCUCAACCGAAUUUAGAAUUUUAGAGAAUAAAAAUAGUGAAAAUAUAAAAAUAUAUACUGGUUGCAGUAUACACCAUUUUUUCAUCUUCAG